AUGCCAAAACAAAAUAAAACAAAAAUUUACUCUUAUGUAAAUUUAAUAAACAUUAAUGUGAUUAAAUCAAUUACCGGAAGCCCAAAGGACUUCCAAUUAGUGAAAGCAACUGCUGAACUGCUGCAGGAAGCUGCCAUGAGACGUACGUUCCAGGAAACACCUGCUGUUACUUAUGUUGAAAUACAUUUUUUAAAAAAACUAUAA